CAUCGCGGUCGCCAUGGCGCUGUGCGGCCGCUCCGCGCUCCUCCCGCCGCCCCCGCGACACCGGCCCCGGCCCCGAGCCCCGGGGCCCUUCGUCAGCUGCAGCCGCCUCCGAAAUAUUCAGACUAUUUUGACACAGAGCAGCAAAUCUCAGCCUGAUGGAAUCCUCUGCAUUUUAGGGAUAGACAGUCGAUACAAUGAAGGGUGCAGAGAGCUGGCAAAUUAUCUGCUCUUUGGUUUGUACAACCAGAACAACAAUGACUUUGAAAGGACAGGUUUUCCUGAGGAAGUUCUGGAUGAUAUAAUCAUAUUAAUAAAACCUGACAGUGUUCAUCUGUACUGCAACCCUGUGAAUUACAAUCAUCUUUUACCCUACGUGGCACACUGGAGGAACUUACAUUUCCACUGUCUGACUGAAAAUGAGUAUGAAGAUGAAGAAGCUGCAGAGGAAUUCAAGAUUUCCAGCUUUGUGGACAUGGUCAGGGAUUGCAGCCGCAUUGGGAUCCCCUACAGCUGCCAAGGCCACCUGCAGAUAUUUGACAUGUUCAUCGUGGAGAAGUGGCCGAUCGUGCAGGCCUUCGCGCUCGAGGGGAUCGGGGGCGACGGCUUCUUCACCAUGAAAUAUGAAUUAAUGGAUGUCAGUGCUGAUUUAUGGAAAACCUACAGCAAAAUGGAUCCUGUGUCCUUGGAGGAUUUGCUUUUUGAGGAUCUAAAGAUUUUUGAACACCAGUGGACCAACUUUUUUGCUAAUUUUGACACUGAAAUUCCCUUCAUUCUGGAACUCUCAGAAUCUCAGGCUGGGGAGCCCUUCAGAAGUUAUUUCAGCCAUGGCAUGAUCUCAAGCCAUAUAACAGAUAACAGCCCGAGCAGGCAGCCCUUUGUCCUGUUUGGCAGCCACUCCACAAAGGAGAACUUGAACACUGGGAACUUUAAUUUUCCAUCUGAAGGGCAUCUGGUCCGAAACACUGGCCCUGGUGGAAGCACUGCCAAGCACAUGGUAGUGCAGUGUGUGUCUCCAAAGGGACCUCUGGCUUGUUCAAGGACCUAUUUUUUUGGAGCCACUCACAUUCCUUUCCUGGGAAAUGACAAUGAGAUCCACAAGCAAGCUGAGCAAGUUACGCUGUUGUCGCAAAUAUAUUCUGCUGUUGUAGAGGCUGUGCUUGCUGGCAUUGAGUGCUAUGCUAAAACUUCCACUGAAUCCAAGGCAAAGGAGGUGGCAGAGCAGGUGCUGCUGUCUGUGUUAGACACCCUUGGCUUAGCACAGCUGAAAUCUGCUUUACGCUCCAAAAUUGCUUUUCAAAUCCAGGCUGUGAACAACCAUGGCAGAAUUACUCCAUUGGAUAAUGAGGACAGCCUGAGUUUGAUCAAAACGGCAUCCAUGAUGGUGUUUGACAUUCCAGACCUGCUCACAGGAAGAGGAUGCUUGGGAUCUGUUGUGUUUUCAGAGUCCUUCCUGACAUCACAAAUACAGGUCAAAGAAAAAGAUGGCAGCAUCCAUCCAGACUCCAGGCACGUUAUCCUGACUGCAGCUAUCCCAAGAUUUGCUUCUUGGCUGGUUGAAGACAGUGAUGUGAAGCUGUCUGAAAAGGCACAGCAAGUAUUAAAGGAGGAUAAAUCUUUCCUGGGCACUUUACUCACUGGGGGUGAUGGAGUUUAUAUCUGUUCCAGCAAUCCACAGGCCAUGCCUGCAGAAGGCAAAGUGUAUUUCUUUUCUGAUGGAAUUCUGUUCUGUGAUCCCCACCAUGGCAGCAUUUCCAUUCCCAAGAGCCACAUGAGUUCCAUUUCUCUCUAUGAUGGGGAUUCCAACAGCAUUGUUGCUGCUCUCUUUAUAGACUUCAAAAGUUCCCUGCUUCCUCAUCUCCCCAUUGAAUUCCACACCCACAACAACUUUCUGAUGAUUGCACUUUUCCCCAAAAGAAAGAUUUAUAAAGCUUUUUAUUCCCAGGUUUUCUCUUCAUGGCAUAACCAGACAAACUCAGGAUUAUCUUUAAGGGUUGUCCCAGAAGAAUUCCUGUCUGAGGAACAAAAGAGGCUGCAUUCCAGUGUUCAGAAGAUCUUCAAUGCCUCUUUUGCUUCAGGGGAAAGAUGCAGGGAGCUGAAACUGUCUGCUGCCAUUCCAGGAUUGGAGAGGUUUGUGCAGCACUUCACAGUCAGCAGUGUUAGCACCAAGCCAGUGAUGAGGGCACAUCUUCCUGUCCUUCUUCAAGAGUCAGAAACCAUUUCUGACAGCAAAGCAGAAGGUGAUAAGGUGAUCAUCACCAUCCUCACUGGGCUGCCCGGGUGCCGUUCCAGCGACCUCUGUUCCUUCCUUGUCACUUUUACCAAGGAGCAUGGGAGGUGGAUUGUGUAUCGGCAGACCAUGGACAGCCCGCAGUGUUUCAGUGCCUCCCACUUCCAGCGCUUCCUGGCCGGGCUCCUGGAGGCCCAGCAGAACCUUGGGGUCCAUCAGCCCACCCUGAAGAGCUCUGGGAAGCCCGCUGGGAAGAACAACAGGCUCCUGGUGGUGCUGCAAGGGUACACUGAUGUUAUUGAUGUUGUGCAAGCCCUGCAGACUCACCCUGACCCAGAUGUGAAAUCUUCUUUCAUCAUUGGAACAAUCAACACCUGUGUGGAGCCUCUGAGCUGCUACAUGGAACACAGGCUUCUUUUUCCCAAGUUCUUGGACCAGUGUUCACAAGGACUGGUGAGUAAUGUGGUUUUCACAAGUCAUGCCACAGAGCAGAGGCACCCACUGCUGGUGCAGCUGCAGAGCCUGAUCAGAGCAGCAAAUCCUGGAGUUUCCUUCAUCCUGGCAGAAAAUGGGAUUGUAACAAGGAACGAGGAUAUUGAACUAAUUCUCUCAGAAAGCAGUUUUUCAAGUCCUCAGAUGAUGAGAGCUCGAUAUUUAAUGUACCCUGGCUGGUAUGAGGGCAGGUAUGGGGCUGGGCCCGUGUUCCCUCCCAUGGUUCAGAUCUGUGUGUGGUUCAGCCGCCCUCUGGAGAAAACAAGAUUUGUCACCAAAUGCAAAGCAAUUAAGUCGUUGCUCAAGCCAAGUCCUUUUUCUGGGAACAUUUAUCACAUCAUGGGCAAAGUGAAGUUUUCAGAUGCUGAUAAAGUCAUUGAAGUGUGUCACAACACAGCAGCAAAUUCCCUCAGCCUGGUGCCUGUUCCAGAGGGGCCAACUCCUCCUGAUUCCAGAAAUGAUCCCAGAGACUGCAGCAGUCAACAGGAAUAUUUCCUUGUGUUCGUUGGCUGCUCCCUGAAGGAAGAGGAUAUCAAAGAUUGGCUCAGAGAAACUGCAAAACAGAAACCUCAGAGGAAAGCCCUGAAAACCAGAGGAAUGUUAACCCUUCAGGAAAUCAAAAACAUCCACGUGAAACGCCACUUGGAUCCACUCCCAGCUGGUUAUUUUUACAAUGGGACUCAAUUUGUGAAUUUUUUUGGUGACAAAAUGGAUUAUCAUCCAUUAAUGGACCAGUUCAUGAAUGAUUACUUGGAAGAAGCCAACAGGGAAAUUGAGAAGUACAACAGGGAGCUGGAGGAGCAGGAGUACCACGACCUCUUUGAGCAGAAGAUUUAAGCACGUGGAUCCUGAGUGUUCCUGUCCUUGUGUCAGGAACCAAAAAUGCUCUUUUGUCCUUCUGGCUCACAAGAAAUCAAGUGAAAUGUUUGUUUUCAGCACUCCUUCCCGAACUAAGGGAUUGUUCCCCUGAGGUUGGCAUUUAACAUGGUAACUGCUUAGCUGUUUGUACUGUCAGGAUUGCUUCCACUUCACCUUAAUUCCAGACUGUCCAAAGCAUCACCUGGAAUCUCUGGCUUGUGGUGGAAACGUGGGAAAAAGAAGAAGAAGGAGGAGAAAAGAAGCAAAACUGGAUUUAUUUCCUAAAAAAAAGGUCAGAAUGUAAUUGUGGAAUUGGGCCAUGGUGCAGAUAUCAAACAAUCCCUGGGUGUCCCUUGGAAAUCAUUGCACAGGAGCAUUGAUGGUCAGGGGGGAGCUCAGGGUGUGGGAUUGGGGUUCCCAAAGCGAGAAAUGGGGGAACAGACUCGGAAGAGUCCCCAAUCCCAGAACUCUUUGGGUGUUCCUGAAGCAAAAAAUGGGGGAAUAAUUAAAAAAAGUAAGAGAGUCCCUAAUGCCACAGCUGUUGGGGUGUUCCCAAAGCGAGAAAUGGGGGAACAAGGGGAACAAGUCAGAAAAGUUCCUAAUCCCACAGCUCUUGGUGUGUUCCCAAAGCGAGAAAUGGGGGACUACUUUCUCAGAGUCCCUAAUCCCGCAGCUCUUGGUGUGUUCCCAAAGCGAGAAAUGGGAGAACAAUGGGAAAAAUUCAGAAUUGAGUCCCUAAUUCCAGAGCUGUUGGGAUGUUCCCAAAGCGAGAAAUGGGGGAACAGUGGGGAAAACUCAGAACUAAUCCCUAAUCAGUCCCUAAUCAGCAACUGUUGGGGUGUUCCCAAAGUGAGAAAUGGGGGACUACUUUCUCAGAGUCCCUAAUCCCGCAGCUCUUGGUGUGUUCCCAAAGCAAGAAAUGGGGGAACAGUGGGAAAAACUCAGAAUUGAGUCCCUAAUUCCAGAGCUGUUGGUGUGUUCCCAAAGCAAGAAAUGGGAGAAUGAUUCAAAACUUGGAAUCCCUGAAUCUGCAGCUCUUGGGAUGUUCCCAAAGUGAGAAAUGGGGGAACAUUGGGAAGAACUCAGAAUUGAGUCCCUAAUCCCAGAGCUGUCAGAGCAUUCCCAAAGCAAGAAAUGGGGGAAUGGGAAAAGCUUGGAUGAGCACCUAAUCCCACAGUUGUUAGGAUGUUCCCAAAGUGACUGAUGGGGGAACAAUGGGAAAAACUCAGAAUUGAGUCCCCAAUCCCACAGCUCUUGGUGUGUUCCCAAAGCAAGAAAUGGGGGAGUAACAGUGGGGAAAACUCUGGAGCCCCUGAUCCCAGAGUUGUUGGUGUGUUCCCAAAGCAAGAAAUGGGAGAAUGAUUCAAAACUUGGAAUCCCUGAAUCUGCAGCUCUUGGGAUGUUCCCAAAGCGAGAAAUGGGGGAACAAUGGGAAAAGUUCAGAAUUGAGUCCCUAAUGCCAGAGCUGUUUGUGUGUUCCUAAAGCAAGAAAUGGGAGAAUGAUUCAAAAACUUAGAAUCCCUGAAUUUGCAGCUCUUAGGACGUUCCCAAAGCGAGAAAUGGGGGAACAGUGGGAAAAACUCAGAACUGAGUCCCUAAUCCUAGAGCUGUCAGAGAGUUCCCAAAGCAAGAAAUGGGGGAACAGUGGGGAAAACUCAGAAUUGGGUCCCUAAUCCCACAGCUGUUGUUGUGUUCCCAAAGCGAGAAAUGGGGGAAUAGUGGGAAAAACUCAGAACUGAGUCCCUAAUCAGCAGUUAUUAGGGUGUUCCCAAAGCAAGAAAUGGGGGAACACUUUCUCAGAGUCCCUAAUCCCACAGCUCUUGGUGUGUUCCCAAAGGAAGAAAUGGGGGAACAGUGGGGAUAACUCAAGAGCCCCUGAUCCCAGAGCUCUUGGUGCGUUUCCAAAGCAAGAAAUUGGAGAAUUAUUCAAAAAGUUAGAAUCCCUGAAUCUGCAGCUGUUGGGAUGUUCCCAAAGCGAGAAAUGGGGGAACAGAGGGAAAAACUCAGAAUUGAGUCCCUAAUCCCACAGUUUUCAGAGGAUUCCCAAAGCGAGAAAUGGGGGAACAAUGGGAAAAAUUCAGAAGUGAGUCCCUAAUCCCAGAGCUGUUUGUGUGUUCCCAAAGUGAGAAAUGGGGGAACACUUUCUCAGAGUCCUUAAUUCCAGAGCUGUCAGGGCAAUCCCAAAGGGAAAAUUGUGGAAAUAGUGGGAACAACUCAAAAAAGUCCCUAAUCCCAGAGCUGUCAGGGUGUUCCCAGAGCGAAAAAUGGGGGAACAGUGGGGAAGACUCAGAACUGAGUCCCUAAUCUCACAGCUGCUGGGGCAUUCCCAAAGUGAAAAAUGUGGAAACAGUGGGAACAACUCAAUAAAGUCCCUAAUCCCAGAGUUGUCAGGGUGUUCCCAAAGCAAGAAAUGGGGGAACAAUGAGAAGAACUCAGAACUGAGUCCCUGGUCCCAGAGCUUUCAGAGAGUUCCCAAAGUGAGAAAUGGGGGAAUGGGAAAAACUCAGAUGGGCACCCAAUCCCACAGCUCUUGGUGUGUUCCCAAAGCAAGAAAUGGGAGAAUGAUUAAAAAAUUUAGAAUCCCUGAAUCUGCAGCUCUUGGGAUGUUCCCAAAGCGAGAAAUGGGGGAACAUUGGGAAAAACUCAGAAUUGAGUCCCUAAUCCCAGAGCUGUCAGAGCAUUCCCAAAGCGAGAAAUGGGGGAACACUUUCCAGAGUCCCUAAUCCCAGAGCUGUCAGGGCAAUCCCAAAGGGAAAACUGUGGAAACAGUGGGAACAACUCAGUAAAGUCCCUAAUCCCAGAGCUGUUGGGAUGUUCCCAAAGAGAGAAAUGGGGGAACAGUGGGGAAAACUUAGAAUUGAGUCCCUGAUCCCACAGCUGUUGUUGUGUUCUCAAAGCGAGAAAUGGGGGAACACUUUCCAGAGUCCCUAAUCCCAGAGCUGUCAAGGCAAUCCCAAAGGGAAAACUAUGGAAACAGUGGGAACAACUCAGUAAAGUCCCUAAUCCCAGAGCUGUCAGGGUGUUCCCAAAGAGAGGGAUGAGGGAACACUCCCACCCCCACCUUUGCCAGGGCUCAGCCCAUCUCAAACCUCAGCACAGUUUGAGUCUGCACUCGAAAUUCUGACUUUAAAGAAAAGCUAUUUAUACAUUUCAGGGUGAAAUCAGUGGAGAAAUCUUUAAUUUCUUCCCAGUGCUCUCAUUGGGAUUCUUGAAAAUAUUUCCUGGCUGGCUGCAAUGUGCACCUUGCUUAGAUUAUCCCUGGAGGAUUCCUAUUGCAGUCCUAAAAAUGAGGCAAGGCAAGGCAAGGGGGAGAUUCUUCAGCUAAAGAAUUCCUUUUCAUGAAGAUAAAUGAUUUCCAAAGGUAAAAAAUAGCAAAGGAUGUUACUUGAAAGAGGCAGGAACUUGUUUGUGGAGCUUCCAGAAGAGUUUGCACGCUGUAACAUUUCCCUGUGCUGGUGAGAAAUCAGCUUUUUAAAUACUUGCAACAGAAUUUUUAUAGUUCCUAAAUGAUAGAACAGGAAUGCUGGCAGCCUGUCCUGACUUAAUUCAGUAUCAUUUUAAAGGAGGCUUUAUAAAUCCCUGCCUGAAGGAUUCUAAAGUACCUUAGCAGCUACUUACAGGUAAUUAUUGGAGUUUAUUUGAAUAAGCAGAUUAUUGCAGCAUGCAUGUGUUCAGAAUUUAGGUGAGAGCAGCCCAGCAGGAAUUUUUUAUUUUCAUAUUCCUUUGCCUUAGGGACAGCUCAAUCUUUUACUGCAACUGCAGCUUUUCUUUCUGACCAGAUGUUUGUGAUACAGCAAGAAAUGGAAUGAAAAAUCUCUUGCAGGACACUUAAAAUAAUUCAAAUGUAUCUGCACAGCCUCAUCCCAAGGCAGGAAAAUGAGAUUUAACCCCUGCCAUCAAACUUGAGGCUAAAUUAGAGUUUAUGCUUUGCUAAGAGAUGUAUUUUUUACCUUUGGAAUAUGAAAUAAGUGAAAUUUCAGUAACCUGAAGCACAUUUUAGAUGGUUUUGGUCUCCAUUGCUGGAUGCCUGUCCUGUGAGUGUUGCACAGUGCAGAGGUGGAAUUCCAGGUGCUGCAAGCUGGGAUAGAAAUAUUGAUAAGGUUUCAUUCCUUGCUUUCCUCCUAGAUUUAAAAAGCUGUCUGAAUUGAAGACUUUAGUAUUUUAUUUUUAUUUUUUUUUUUUUGCACACCACGAGACUUUAUAUAAAAACUACUUGUAUCCUGUUAGAGGCCAGUAAAAGCCAGCAAUUAGUUUGUGUUUUUAGGCUUUCCUGGGGUAUUCCCUGGAUCACAAGUGUGGAGCAUCCUGAUAAAGCUCGUGAGUUUUAUCUAUGCAUGGCUAAAUUUUAGUCUUAAUAUCCUGUAGUGCCUGUAGAGCAAAGGUAGCUAGCAGUGGGGUUGGGGGGGCUGCCAGGGGUUUACAACUAAAUCCAGUUGGUUGCAUGAAAUGAUUUCACAGCCCAGAAUUUUUUAGGAAUCCCAAAAUUCUGGUGGUGGUGGGGCUGCAAUAAAAAGGGGCAUUAGGAAAUGGAGCUCCAAUUGGAAUUGUUUUGCCAAUGAACUCAGUGUAAACCCAGCUGUUCCAGUCCCAGUUCUCUCACCUGCAAAGCCAUAUUUUUAGAGUAGUGGGAUGUGAUGUGGGAAGAAAUUCCAGUGGUUGGGACAGCAGGCACGUGCUGGAGGCUUUGUCUCAACUCCUGAGUGGAUACAGAGUAGAUUUAAGUGCAAUUGAUUGAAAAUAGAUGAAGAUGCUGUAGCUGAUUUUUGCUCUGCUGAACUCUUUUUAAGAACUCCAAUUUGUGCAGCUCUCAAAUCAAUGUGGAUAUGGGGCUUGAUCCAGCUGGAAUUCCAAGCCCUGUGAACGAAAAAGAAAAGGAAAUAAUUGGGUUGUGAGUGUGCAAAUUGAGGUGUUCCUUAAAAACUGGAGCAGGAGAGCUCGGAACAAAGGCCUAGAACCCUCCUGUGCUGUGCUGCAUGUGCUCUAUGGUCAUAGCUGUGUAUUACAAAGACCUUUCACCAGACUGGUACUGGCUCAAUUCAUGUAUUUUGGUAUUGAAAGAAAUUGAUUACCUCAAUUUUUAUCCUUUAUUUUUAAACUGUGACUUUCAACUGUUCAACCAGAACAAAAUAGAAAGAAAAAAAAUAAAUAAAAAUACCGAAAUAGUGAAACUGUGACAAUGGUAUCCUUUAAAUGUAGUAGUGCCUUGCAGAUGACACCAUUUAUUCCCCAAAUAAAUGGAUGUCAGGGGUUGCACCACCCCUUUCUUUUUUUUUAAAGGAAAAUAACGGUUUUGGUGAAAGGACUUAAAAAAAUUUAAAUUUAACCUAGUGACAAAUAUUAGCACAAAUGGUUAAACUGUUUAAAAGAAAACUCUUUGAGGACUGAAAUGCCUGAUGCUGCUGCUGCUGUUGAAGAGCAGUUGCUGAUUUUUUGGGAGUCAAUUCUAACAAUCAGCAGUGCUUUUUGAAUUUAUUAUUUUCUUUUUUUUUUAAGAAGAGUGUAAUUUUUGUACUCUGGUCAGAGCUGUUUGUACUGUAUGGAAUCCCCAGCCCAGGGGAUUUGGUGUCCUCACUCCUUGGAAGUCAGGGUGAGGAUGAAACUCGAGGUUUGAACAUUUUUUUCUACUGUAUAAUUAAAAAAAAACAACAAAAAAAAAAAGCACCAUUUCUAACCCACUGAUGUUUGGAUACAGCAAAAGUGCCAUUACACCUUUCCUUUUCUCUUUUAUUGUACUUGGAAAAAUUUGUGUCCAGGCAUUCCUGAGCUUGGGAAGUGCUGAAGAGUCCUCAAGGGGUUUCCACGCUUUGCUGACCUUUGUUAGCAGCUUGUGGUGGUGUUUUUUAAUUUCUCCUCACCGAGAAUGAGUGUGAUCAGAAGUUACUGAAGUUAUAGGAUUCAAAUGUGACAAACUUAGCAGGGGAACCUUUGCAAUUUGAGCUGCUCUGCAAUCUGGGAGUAUAUUUGAAUUUGACGCUGUGCAAUUUGGGAUUAAUCCAGUUUUACACUUUGCAAUUAACACACCGGAUUGCAGGGAGGAGUUGAGUUGCACGUGAGGGUUCUCUUAUAAGUUUAAUUUUUUUUUUUAAUUAUUGUUAUUUUUUAAUUGAAACUUGUCUGAAUUUGCACAGAUUUAAGCUCUGGAAUACUUUGGUAUUCUUGAAAAGGGAAAAAAAAAAUUGUGACUAGUAUAGUGAAUUGUGAACUGUGAGUUGGUAGAACCACAAGGUUGAUCUAAUCUUAGGUUGUUAAAAAUGUACCUCAGAAAGCUCGUGAGAAAUUGCUUCAUUUUUACCCAACAGCCAGAUCCUGGUGUAACACUUCUCACUUUUCAAUGUGCCAAAAUUCACUUUUAUACUAGUUCUCAAUGCUUUAAUAUUUGCAAGUCUAAGUGAAAAACGUGUUAUUUACAAACACUACUGUAACUUCAGUUCAGCUGAAUGGUGUGAUUGAAGCUUUUUGCCUCUCGUAUUUAUUACACAACUUGAUUCAGUAAAUAUAAAAUUACCUUUCCAUUUAUUUUUGUAUUGUUUUACAUGUUUAUACCUGCAGUUUGUGUGACUUUUACACCUGUAACUCAGAUGUGAUGGAAAGAACCAAUAAACAGUAUCCAUCCAC